UCCCCAUCAACCUCCUCCGAAUUCCGAGGGUUCUUGAUCUCGAUCUUGUCGUCAAUAAUACUGAGAUUCUACAUUCUACCCAAUAUCAAACCCAUAUCACAGGCUUUUCUCGAGUUUCCAUAAGUUGCUUGUUUCACACCCUCGCAAAGCCUUGCAUAUAGCCUCAUAAUCUGGUAUCCGCACCUCUCAAGCUACCUUUGCAUCGACACCAUGUCUUUCCGAGCAAGCUACAUUGUGAGCAGACCGCUCAAGCAAAUAUGUUCUCGUCGACUCUUUUCGAGGACUUCCACUGUCUUUCAGCACGAUGAGAAGCCGACGCCCUGGUCAACAGGCCCGUCGCCACCCAGAUUACCCAAGGAGGAACAAGAGAUAUUUGAACGAUUACAGCGAGCGUCCACGGGCGCAUUCAGCACCCCUUCGGUCCACCCAUCUGUAAUCGUGAACCAGUCGCCUGCAACAAACCAAUCAACAUCUGAAUCGCUCGAUGCAGCAAUUGCUGCCCGUGGGGAUGGCGAGGAACUACACCCCGAUGUGAGACGAGGAGCGAAGCCCGAGUUUGAGGGAGACGUGAACCCUCGAACAGGCGAAGUUGGAGGACCGAAGAACGAACCUCUGAGAUGGGGUGGCGAUGCGGAUUGGAGCUACAAUGGCCGUGUCACUGAUUUCUGAUUCAAAUCAUCUACUGAGAAUUAAAACGGUCAAAGAAUUCUGUGGAGUUUGUGGUCCAACUAGUGUUUCCAUCCGCGCAUGUCAUUAAUAGCAGGGCUCAUUUUGCACUUUUUCCUGCUGCUUAUUCUUUGUC